AUGGGCGACUCGGAACAGGACUACGAAGCGAUUCGGCAGGAGAACAUCCGCAAGAAUGCCGAACUCAUGCUCAGUCUAGGUCUCAACCCGACCUCAACACGAUUGCGACCACCAUCUCCAGAGAGGAAAGCGCCGGUUUCCAGGCGACGAACCAGUCCGGCGCUGACACCAGAUCCGAGCGAGACGGGGCAAGCUCGCAAAUCAUCGCGCAUUGCCUCGGGAAGUCGACCUCGAUCCUAUCGCGAGCGAGAUCUACAUCCUGACAUUGCAAGGCCACCCAAAGAAAAGAAAAUUCCACGACAGGGCACGCGCAAGAGUAGUCGAGGGGUCACUUCUGGCAGGACGAAAUACACCGACUGGGACUCGGACGAAGAGAACGAUUCGGAUGCAUAUGCUCCUCGAUGGCGCGGUGACGGCAGUGGACGCGGUGAUGAUGGCCUCGAUGACGACGACAGCGACGGGGGCAAUGGCAGCCGUGGAUCGCGCACCUUUGAUCUAUCGGGCCGACGCAUUCUACAGAAGCUCUCGAAUCCGGCCGCACCGCCGCUACCUUCGUCAGGAGGAGACGAGGUCUAUGACGAGGUGAUGCCUUUGCCAUCCCGCGAGUCCCUUGCGGAUGGCAAAGGGCGGGGCGCGUUGGUUUUCGAGAAGGAGUUCUCGCAGUUCCGGCCAAAUGUGACGCCAGACGAGAUGCUCCGCGAAGGCGCAUUUGGAGGAACGGCUUUCCGCGACUACUACUCGAAAGUCCUGCAACGACCCAUAGACGUCGAAGCAGAGCUCGCUGAACUUCCGGACCACUGGCUCGAGGGCCUCGACGUCGACGACAUGCUCAGGCAAGAGUCUCUCGAUCCGUCGCGCAACAAGUUUGGCGUCAAAGCCGGACAAUCGCUCGAAGACUGGGAAAAGGCGGGCUGGAUCCGCCCUCUCGAUCCACGUGGCUGGUUCCAGUGGUAUUACCGCUUCUACCUUGGGCGCAGAUCGGCGGAUGAUGCGCGUCAGAUUGGACGCUGGCUCAAAGCGUGUGGUCCUGGAGGCCGGUUCCGCAAGUCGCUGGCCGUCAAUGUUGCGACCAAGGGAGGGGGCCGAUGGAACGAUCCAAAGGUGAACUCGGUGGUCCGGCAGACGUUGUGGCAGUGGGGCUACGAGCUCACAGAGUCGGACUAUCAGGCGUACCUGUAG